AUGUCGGAAGUUCAGUCUAUGUACAUGCGCGCGCCCGUCCGCGUUACAAGACAAAGGCGCCAGCGCCACCUCGUGGCCACGUCAACUUCAGUCUGCAGUGGGCUCCACCGUGAGCACUCGGGUUCGGACCUGAUUGGGGAUCUGAAAGAGAAGCUUUCACAUCACUUCAAGGAGGUGAUGGUUGGUCUCAUAUACCCCCCACCAUCUUAUGAUGCUCAUGAACUGUGGCAUGCCAUGAAGGGAGCAGGCAUAAAUGAGAAUUGCCUCAUUGAUAUCUUAGCCUCAAGAAUAAAUGGAGAAAUUUUCCAGAUGAGAGAAGCCUAUGGCUUGCAAUACAGCAGUAACCUUCAAGAGGACAUUUACUCAGAGACCUCCGGACACUUCAGAGACACCCUUAUCAAUUUGGUCCAGGGAACCAGAGAAGACGGCUAUGCAGACCCUGCCUCGGCUGCCCAGGAUGCAAUGGUCUUGUGGGAAGCCUGCCAGCGGAAGACAGGGGAGCAUAAGACCAUGCUGCAGGUAGUCCUGUGCAGCAAGAGCUACCAGCAGCUGUGGCUAGUUUUCCAGGAAUUUCAAAGUAUUUCUGGGCGAGACAUAGUAGAUACCAUCAGAGAAUGCUAUGAUGGAUACUUUCAGGAGCUGCUAGUUGCAAUUGUUCUUUGUGUUCGAGACAAACCAGCCUAUUUUGCUAAUAGACUACAUAGUGCAAUCCAUGACUUUGGUUUCCAUAAUAAAACCAUAAUCAGGAUUCUAAUUGCCAGAAGUGAAAUAGACUUGCUGACCAUAAGAAAACAUUACAAAGAGCAAUAUGGAAAAUCUCUAUUUCAUGAUAUCAAAAACUUUGCUUCGGGGCAUUAUGAGAAAGCACUGCUAGCUCUCUGUGCUGGGGACAUGGAAGACUACUAAAUGAAGAGGAGGGUCUGAGGGACUAUUCAGUCCUCUUCAUCAACACAUCCAAAUGGAGAUUUUAUGACAAAUUUCAGUUAUAACUAGCAGCAUAAUUAAAAUAUAGAAUCAUACUCUCUCUUUUUUGUGAAAUUAUUCCAAGCUAAAAAUAAAAAUUAUCAAUGAAUGUA